AUGCUUCGGUCCAGCUCUAGUUCUUCGAACUCCGAAAGCAGAAUACGCCUCAAACCUCGCUUACUGGGAUGGCUACGUCGUCAGCGCAGCUCAAGUGCUCUCGACGACGAGCAGGCAAUCACUGUGGACGACAUCGCCAAUGGACGGGACGCUGAGUUGCGCAUGCGAAUGCAGGAACUGCUGGUACCGGCUCAGAAGACGGUCGCCACAAAGACAAUGGCCGUUAUAGACGAUAAACUGGAUGCCGUUAACGGGUUGGCGGGGCAGGUUCCCCGCGGCACCAUGUCGUCUAUGCGCAAAGGUCUCCAGCAGGUCAUGGACGCGCCCGAGAUCCACGAGAACAUUGAGAAAAUCAAUCACUUCCUCCUCAGUAUUCCUGCCUUCUUAACAGUCUUCGAGAGUGUGUCCAAGAUACAUCCUAUACUGGAGGGAGUUUUCGCCGUUUUUAACGCCGUGUACGUCCUUCAGAAGACGCGUGGGGACAACGAAAAGAAGGUCAUCGCUCUCCUCGUUCAGAUCCAAGAGUUGCUGGAGGUACUAUGCCGAAUGCGGGAUUUCUCUCGCACACCCGAAACUGGGACGAAGAUACCAGAAGGUUAUAAGCCCGCAGAUGGCGAGAGGACGACCCUUCGAGCGUGCAUCUACUUCAUCGCAUCCGACAUUCGAGCUUGUUACAAUGCUUGCGAUACGUAUUUGAAGCUCAGCUCGUGGACCAAGGUCCUGCAAUGCGCAAGCUGGAACGCACAGUUUCUCACCUACUCCGAUACUUUUGAGAUGCGGAAGGUCAGCGUCGAUCGCGCGCUUCAGAGCACCAUGGCGAACUGGAUGGUCUCUAUGGGCAACGAUGUCAAGUUCAUUAGAUCCGCUAUGAAGCUCUUGCUUGAGAGCAACCGAUUGUUGAACGAGCAAGAGCGCAAGCUGCUCCCUGUUGUCGAUGAGCUCGGUGGAGAGAAAGUGAUCAGAAGCGACAAGGCCAGGAUCGACCUGUUUGCGGAGAAAGCUGUCGCCACGAUAGCGAACGCGACGGUCGUCGCGGACGCGGGGUCCAUCAUCACUCGUCGUGUAGCUGCGCCAAAGUCCGAAGGGGAUGCUGCACGCAAGCGGUUCCAAGCCGAAGCGCAGGUGGAUCCCCAGCAAGCGAUUCAGAGCAACGCCGAUACGUUUGACCGCAAGCUUAAUCUACAACUGGAACAACUUGAGAAGAUUAGGAGCGAUAUACGUCAAGCUCGCGCUGACAUCCUCAACGAGGUUAAGAAGGGCGUGCAUGAGAAGGUUAAUAACCCAGAGCUUCAGAAGCUAUGGCGCGAGUCUGGAUGGACAGGCGCCAUAGAGGCUCGAUUCUUCAUUGUGGCGCUCAAGGAGCUGUACUUUGACCUCGUUCGGGUAAACCAAAGUGACUUUACGAAGGAUGAUCUUUGGGCCAUCAAGUAUCUCGACUUACAGUAUGCGCAAGCUAUCUCAGAAGCUAUCGACGAGGACGCAUCCGGAUUUGUAACGGUCACGGAGAUGAACAACUUCAUGAGAAAUAAACCCAAGACCUGGAGUCUUCCCGUCUGGAUUGCCUAUUGGGCUGUUGGCUGGAGACAACUACAAAUUUUAUACGCUCGUGAAAUUGAGCAAACGGUCGCGAAGAUGUACGCGCUCGCGGCUCGGGUUAGGCCUGAGAACUGGAUGCACACCCGCGAAUAUCUUGAUCGAGCACUAUUCACAUGCUACGCGUUGACCGGUUCCUUCUCCCAAGCAAACGAGGAGCAGAGCGAACUGCCACAAGUGUUCACACUCUUCGCUACGGAUCAGGAAGAGUCCAUCAAGAAGGCCCUUCAAGCAGUCCGGUUCUUAUUGGAUGGGAAGAACGCUCUUGCACUUGUCCUCGGGCCCUGGCAUAUCGAAAAGAACGGCCUGCUCCUCCUCAGGCUUCUCUUGCUUCGUCAUUACAAAAUCCUUCGCGCCGCCCAACAUGUAGUUCUUGAUUCCUCAGAGCUCGACGAGGCAGCGGAGUCUUUGGAAUGCGUCGAAGUUGCAUUCAGAGAUCGUGCCCAGCAUGUUUCCCAUAGCUGGGCCCACCAGAACCUGAACCUCUCAACGCAGUUCAGCACCUUCGCGGGUGGCUUGGUGUAG